AUGGGAAGAGAAGGGGACAGACCCCCCACCACCACCAGCAGCAGCCCAGCCCAGCGGCCCAGCCCAGCUCAGCGGCCCAGCCCAACCCAGCAGCCCAGCGGCCCAGCCCAGCCCAGCAGCCCAGCGGCCCAACCCAGCCCAGCGGCCCAGCCCAGCCCAGCAGCCCAGCCCAGCCCAGCGGCCCAGCCCAGCCCAGCAGCCCAGCACCCCCACCAGCAGACCCCCCCACCAGCAGACCCCCCCACCAGCCAGCCCACCACAAAUUUCAAACCCCUCCCCAACAAGGGGAGGGGGGACAGUCAUCGACCUCCCCCCCCAAGGACUUGGGGGCCUAGGAGGCCGAUGGAAAACCCUCCCUUGCUUUGUGAAGGGAGGGCCGGGCGCCCCAGGGAGCGCCCGCUCUGCCCCGAGAGGGGACUUGCAGAGUUCUGUGAUUUUUCUGGGAGAAGUGGGAAGAAAGGAGUCCUUAUAAAGAGCUGGGGACUUUGGCCGCCGUUUGGCUUAGUAUAG